CCGGGGGGAGGGCCGGGCGCGCCUGUUUGAGCUGCGCGAAAGAGAAUUCUGUCUCGUGGAGGGCGGCGCGGUGAAAGAAGGUUUUGCUGAAGAAAGGAACAUAUUUUGACUGGGACGGCGAGGCCGCCGGGAUGUUCGUGGCGCGAAGCAUCGCAGCUGAUCACCGCGACCUCAUCCACGAUGUUUCUUUUGACUUCCACGGACGGCGCAUGGCGACUUGCUCUAGUGACCAGAGUGUUAAGGUUUGGGACAAAGGUGAAAAUGGAGAAUGGCAUUGUACUGCCAGUUGGAAGACACACAGUGGAUCUGUGUGGCGUGUGACAUGGGCACAUCCGGAAUUUGGACAGGUCUUGGCUUCUUGCUCUUUUGACAGAACAGCUGCUGUUUGGGAAGAAAUAGUAGGAGAAUCAAAUGAUAAACUUCGGGGACAAAGCCACUGGGUAAAGAGGACUACUUUGGUUGAUAGUAGGACAUCAGUUACAGAUGUCAAAUUUGCUCCCAAACAUAUGGGUCUCAUGUUAGCAACAUGUUCAGCAGAUGGAGUUGUUAGAAUAUAUGAAGCUCCGGAUGUUAUGAAUCUUAGUCAGUGGUCACUUCAGCAUGAAAUUUCAUGUAAAUUAAGCUGCAGUUGUAUUUCUUGGAAUCCUUCAAGUUCACGUGCCCAUGCUCCUAUGAUAGCUGUAGGAAGUGAUGAUGGUAGUCCUAAUAUACUAGCUAAAGUACAGAUAUAUGAAUACAACGAAAAUACCAGGAAGUAUGCAAAAGCGGAAACUCUUAUGACAGUCACAGAUCCCGUGCAUGACAUUGCAUUUGCUCCAAACCUUGGAAGGUCAUUCCAUAUAUUGGCAGUAGCUACUAAAGAUGUACGAAUAUUCACAUUAAAACCCCUAAGAAAAGAACUGAGUACUUCAUCUGGAUUGACAAAAUUUGAAGUUCAGUUAGUGGCCCAGUUUGAUCAUCACAAUUCCCAAGUCUGGCGAGUGAGCUGGAAUAUAACUGGCACAGUACUUGCAUCUUCAGGUGAUGAUGGAUGUGUAAGGCUUUGGAAGGCUAAUUAUAUGGAUAAUUGGAAGUGCACUGGAAUACUGAAAGGCAAUGGAAGUCCAGUCAAUGCUAGUUCCGCACAGCAGGGAGUUUUUAAUGCUCCUGUUGGCACAGCAACUUCAACUUUCCAGAAUUCAGCCAAUGGAGCAUCCGUUGGCAGAAAGCACAGCUGAUACCAAGCUAACUGGAGUAACUUUGCUGUUUUACUGCUUGUUGCAUGCACACAGGAAUGGAAAGCGAUAUUUUCCCCCUCCCCAUCGGCGUCUGACCUCUUCCAAAGACACCAGCAAUCUGUCUACUACUAAAUGCAAAUCAAAACAUUCUUUUAAAAAAUGUUACAUAUGUACUCUACUAGCCAGCACAGUAUGAUCUUGUUGGAAUCUGUAACAAAAAAGUAACAGGAUUCUUUUAUGGAUUCCAUUCCUUCCCCUCAAAAAGACAUGUUGCGAGAGAAAGACGGAAUUCACUAAUGUAAAGAGGAUUAUUGUCCUUGCAUUCUAAGCUUGUUAGGAGAUAAAUCCUUAAUGUAAAACAAUUGGAGUAACUGUUUUUCAUUAAAAUUGUUUUGAAUAUUUUAACUUUGUUUGGCUUUUGAAGUGUUCACAUAGACUCUUAACAAUUAGUUUGCUAAUGGAUUGUAAUAAACAAUUAGUCAUAAACAAUGUGGGCACAUUGUAAUUUGGCAACUGUGGAGUUGAUAUCAGAUUAUUUUGGUAUUAUUUCUGAACUACAUCAAAUGAAAAUCAUAAAACUUAUUAGUAACUAGUAACUAUUAGUAACAUAUUUUUGUUGUCUUGAUAAGAAUGAUCUGAACAUACCUGAUAAUUGCAUGUUAUAGUGGCAUGAAUCAUGCAAUAAUUAGUAGGAUUUCAUCUUCUUGGUAUUGUGAUGAAAAUCUAGUCCAAAUGAAUGUUUGUUCUAUGGUAUUAUUAAUUUGGUAUAGGAAUUAUCAUCUUGUGACCCCAACCAGUUCCUGCAUUACCAAGUAUUUACACCCUGCUCUGUGCAGUGCAGUUGUUGCCUUGAAAUAAACCAAAGUGGUGUCCUAGUGCAAACAUUCAAUUAAUAGCUUGUUUUAUAUAGUGGCAUGUCAGUGUGGCUUUAAAUAUGUCUUGUCUCAAAAUUUACUAACUUUUCUGUUCUGUAAAUUUAUGUACAUUUCCAAAGAUUAUAAAGAUUACAAAGUUUUCUUCAAUUACGGGUAAGUCAUAAGAAGAGAUAUGGAAUGAUCUUUUAAGCCAUUAAUUCAGAAAUCUUUGGUUAUCUGGUGUUUUUUCCAGAGGGAUGUAUAUAAGCACACAGACUGUUAUUGCAUUGGAAAAAGAAUAACUCUGUAUAUUGUGAAAAUCUUAACAUUGUAAAACUGUGUUUAUCUUUAUCUUUAAAUUUGAUGUAUUCAUCUGAGUAGAGUUGAUCUAAAUGGGAUGCAAAUGAGUAGACCAAUCUGGAUAAAUAAUUUGUGUCUGUUUUUCUGUAAUUGCAUUAAAACAGCAUGAUUUGUAGGGAUAAAUGAGAAGGCACGCGAUAGUUCAGAAUCAGUUAACUUACAUGUAGUAUAUUCAUUUUACCAUGAAUGUAAGGCACACUUUCUAUUGUCUCCUAUGAUAAUUUUCUUUCAGAAUAGUUUCUAGACUUUAAAAACUUGAGCUGAGAACUUGAUUUUGUUCCUUUCAUUUUGUCCCAGCAUGUGUCUCUCCUCUCUGAUUCUUGUAUUUACCAUUAUUCUUUCUGUUUUUCCCUUCUGUGUGGUGUUCCUGUCUGAAUUGUUUUCAGGUAUUUUUUCCCCCCUCUGGAUUCCCCAUGGGCUGGAUCAAGAUGGUCCAGUUAUGCCCAGCUCUUACCACCACCACCACCACCUCCUCCUCCUCUUCCU